GUCAGACAUGAACUGAACAUACGAAAUGAAUCGCACAGAAGUUGGAUCUAAGCGAUCGGCAGUGCAAGGCGUCCUCUCCAUUUACGCUGCUCUGUACCUUACCCAUUGAUUGUGUCUGUCUCUAUUAAGUCGUAUGUCCAUGCGAAGUUUAGCAUUGUUAUUACUCCCGUGUGUCAUCGCGGUCGUGGUGCAUUUGUGGUGGGUGAGGGACAAAACUGCUUUCUUCUUGGAUUUCAAGUCUGCAGGGAGCCAGAACCCAGUACAUGAAGUUCUGGUUGGAGUAUUGUCUGCCAGACAUCAUCAUGCUUUACGGAAAGCCAUAAGGGACACAUGGCUGGGCUACAUCAGGGACCACCCCAAGUUUACGAAUCGGGUGUUGGUAAAAUUUAUCAUUGGCAUGCAUGGCUGUGCCUUUCCUGAAGAAGAUCGGGAAGACCCGUAUUCUUGUACACUGCUAAACCUGACAGAGCCAGUUGCUGGGCAGGACAUGGCCAUCCUAAAUGUGCCCAACGUCUCAGUUUUGGUGCCGUCUGAUGUUUCAGCCAUAAGUUUGGACUUCAAGGUUCUCCACUCUGUGGUGAUCACACAGCUGGGUGUCUUUGCCAGUGGCCCACAUCAGGACUUUAAGGGCAAUGUCACAGUGAAGUUGUUUCAGGUGGACCAGGAGGAGGCUGUUGUGACUGCUUGCUUCACUGCACUGAGCCCAGGGACCUAUGUGGAAGGGAUGUGGUAUAAAGCUGUAGAGCAGUUCAUUUUGCCUAAGGGCUUUGAAGGGAUUCUGCUCUGGGAAAGCCAGGAUUUGGCGGGCCUGUUGACUCUCAAUGUGUCCAAGGUCCAGCUCAAUAAUGGUGGAGGGGUGCUGAAGUUGGGAUCUAUAGAUGAGGGCACCUUGCCGCACAGAAAUGCAGUUGGUUUUCCUGGACUAGCUGGAGGAUUCACUUUCUCAGUUUAUGAUGUGGAGGUGUUACAGGAGCUGUUGCAUGGGCGUGCAGGCAGGCAGGAAGCCCACGUGGCCAGGCUGAGAGAGGAGGACAAAGCCCUGCAGGAUGAGAGCCGCAGGUAUGGAGACAUGGUGUUCGUAGACGUGGUGGACACUUACAGGACGGUGCCUUUGAAAUUACUGAAGUUUUAUAAGUGGGCCAUGAGCAGUGCUGACUUCAGUCUGCUCCUGAAGACAGAUGAUGAUUGCUAUAUUGAUGUGGAUGCUGUAUUAAUGAAGAUUGACCACAAGAGCCUGACACGGAGCAACCUCUGGUGGGGAAACUUCAGGCAGAACUGGGCAGUGGACCGAACAGGAAAGUGGCAGGAGGUGGAAUAUACCAGCCCUGUGUACCCUGCCUUCGCUUGUGGCUCUGGUUACGUGGUGUCCAGGGACUUGGUGGCAUGGCUGGCCAACAAUGCAGAGAAGCUGAAAGCUUACCAGGGUGAAGAUGUAAGCAUGGGAAUAUGGAUGGCUGCAGUGGGCCCUCACAGAUAUCAGGACGUGGCUUGGCUGUGUGACAAGGAAUGCUACAUGGACAUGCUGUCAUCACCCCAGCAUACUGUUGAAGAGCUACAUUCUCUUUGGGACAGGAAGAGAGCUUGUGGGGACCCUUGUGGCUGUAUCUGGGGCCACCACUAAAGCCUUUGGGAGUCCAGGAAAACAGGGACCACUCCACUAAGAUCCUGUCCAUCUCAUUGACAAACACUAACUCUGUAGUACUGUAAAAUAUCUGGUGUGGCUAUUUUAGAUGCCUGAUAGAAGAACCAUUAAAAAUAUUGUCUCUA